AUGAAUACUUUCGAGUCAUCGGCGACGACUCCGACAGGUCCCCGCGAUUCUGGGGAAGCCAGAGAUAUCCACGAUUCCUCGUCACGCUCACCCACCCAUGUAGAUUCGGGCCUCUCAUCUUCCUACGGCAGCAGCCGGUCCCACUCCAGCUUUUCCUCCCGAAAGUAUGCUGGGACUCCACGGUCUCACACGCAGCAGUCCAACGAGUCCACCCCAGUCUUCGAUGAGGCGGGCUCCUCGACGCGUAACUACGGGGCCACGGAAGCACCCAAUUUGUCUAGCGCAGCGUCCGGGCCAACGAACAAUAACAAGCAGAGCGUACAAGAGCUUAGAAAUGGCGGCAACGGCGGCAACUCAUCGCAACUACAAAACCAAGACGAAGAGCCUCAUCAGUCUCGGUAUAGCCGAUUUGUAGAUCGGUUCGGGGCUCUCGAGCUCGAGAACAAGGGCAGCGUUGCGCGUGAUCACCUUGCCUUGGAGCGAACAUUUCUGGCUUGGAUGCGCACAUCGCUCGCCUUCGCCUCCAUUGGUAUCGCCGUCACCCAGCUCUUCCGUCUCAAUACCACGACUACUACGACAAAUGCGUACGGUCUCGAUGUUACUUCUCCAGGACACCCCGAUAUCCUCCCUCCUCAGUUCUCCUCGUCCUCCAUUAAUGUCGCCUCGGCCUCCUCCCGCCUUCGCAGUGUCGGCAAACCUCUCGGCUCCACGUUCAUCGGCGUCGCCAUCCUCAUCCUCAUAAUUGGCUUCCACCGAUACUUUGAGAGUCAGUACUGGAUUGUCCGUGGGAAGUUCCCAGCCAGUCGAGGAAGCGUUGCAUUGACGGCGUUUGUCGCGGCGGCACUGAUCGUUGCGGCGUUGGCGGUUAUAUUGGCCGUUUCUCCUGGGGCAAUUGAACAGUAG